AUGCGAGAUGACUAUGUACAAGAAAAGGCCCAGCUCGACGCCCUCUCCCGCUCCAUCACUUCCCUCCGAACGGCUUACAUUCAGACAACUCCUAUCCGAAUAAAGCUCAUCGACAGCUUUCUCGCCUUCUUUGUUGUCAUCGGGGUCCUUUUGAUGGCGUACCGGAUCGGGGUGACGAGUUACCCUUUCAACGGGUUCUUGGCCAGUUUCGGAGGGGUAGUCGGACAGUUCGUUCUGAUGGCGGGACUCAGGUCGCAAGUAGCUCCAGGCAGGGACGAGGAGUACGGAGAGGUCAUUUCGCCAGAAAGAGCGUUCGCCGACUUCUGCUUUGCCUCAGUCGUUUUGCACGUCUUCAUGUUCAACUUCCUAGGAUAA